AGCUGAGCUUGGUAGUGUGGACAACACAGCUUGGUUUCUGGGACUGCCAUGAUGUUCAGGUUCUCUUGGAUUUGCCUCCUCUUGGUGCAUGGCAUCUGCUCUCAGCAGCUUCACCAAGGGAUGGGCUUUCCCCAAGGUUUGGGGUUUCUGGGGUCUAUGAAGCCAAUGAGUGAUCUUGGUUCAACUAAGACUGGAGGUAAUCCAAGUACCAGUGAACCUGGAAAGGGCAAUGUUGGUGGAGCUAAAGGAUCCAUCACUUCCACUCAAGACGUGGUACAGAUGCCAGGAAACCAGGCAGGUUCAAAUGGGGGCCCAGGUAUCCCAUGGAUGGCAGUUCCCAUGCUUACAACAGGCUUCUAUGGAAUGCACCAAGCAAGCCAGCAGGGGGCUUCAUCUGGCGCUACUGGUGGGGGUCAGGAAACCCAGUCUGUCAGCCAGGCAGUCCAGGCCCCAGCAAUGAUGAGUCAGGUGACUAUGCAAAUGCCAAAGCAGCAGACCCAAGCCACAGCCCAGAUGUUCCAGGCCCCUGGGCAGAUGUCUCAACAGCAAGUCCAAAUGCCCCAGGCUAAAGCACCCCAACAGCAGGCUGAGGUGCCCAAAGGCAGCUCCUCCACAGCGUCCGCUUCCACUGGGGCUACAUCAUCGGCGAUGUACCAGGCCCUUGCUCAGAUGGUCCAACAGCAAGCCCAGGCCCAGAUGCAGGCUGCAGCUCAGAGGGCCCAACAACAAGCACAGGCUGCAGCUCAAAUGACCCAGGCGCCAGUUCCAAUGGCCCAGCAGCAAGUCAAAAUGCCUCUGGCUGCAGCUCAGAUGUCCCAGGCACAGAUGCCAGGAAACCAGGCAGGUUCAAAUGGGGGCCCAGGUAUCCCAUGGAUGGCAGUUCCCAUGCUUACAACAGGCUUCUAUGGAAUGCACCAGGCAAGCCAGCAGGGGGCUUCAUCUGGUGCUACUGGUGGGGGUCAGGAGACCCAGUCUGUCAGCCAGGCAGUUCAGGCCCCAGUAGUGAUGGCCCAGAUGGCUAUGCAGAUGCCAAAGCAGCAACCGGCCCAAGCCCCAGACCAGAUGUCCCAGGCCCCUGUUCAGAUGUCUCAACAGCAAGUUAAAAUGCCCCCGGCUAAAGCUCCCCAACAGCAGGCUAAGGUGCCCCAAGGUAGCUCCUCCACAGCGUCUGUUUCCACUGGGGCUACCUCAUCAAGUAUGGCCCAGAUGUACCAGGCCCUUGCUCAGAUGGCCCAACAGCAAGCCCAGAUGCAGGCUGCAGCUCAGAUGGCCCAACAGCAAGCUCAGGCUGCAGCUCAAAUGGCCCAGGCGCCAGUUCCAAUGACCCAACAACAAGCCCAGGCGCCGGUCCAGAUGGCCCAGGCGCCAGUCCAGAUGACCCAGCAGCAAGUCCAAAUGCCCCAGGCUCCAGCUUACCAACAGCAGGCUAAUGUACCACAGGCUGCAGCUUACCAACAGCAGGCUAAGGUACCACAGGCUGCAGUCCAGGCUCCAGAUUCUGUGAGUUCAGGCCCUGUUGGUUCCACAGGUGCAGAGUCUCCUUCGGCUGAUGCUGAGGCUGCCUCAUCAAGCCAAGAUCGCUUCAUCACUCUAACCGCACCAUCAGGCUUUCAAACCACUUAUGUUGUGCAGUCCUUCCAUCGCUACUCGCGAGGCAAGAGGGUCUUUUCCCAAACCACCUACAUCCCCCUGGACUUCCCUCCUCCUAUUGAGACCGCUGAUCCUCAACAGAUGACCCAGGAUGGAAGUGAGUCUGUUGUUCCUGCUCCAGUUUAUAUAGACCAGACUGUCCUCCCUGCAAGGAAGGCCUGAGCUGUCCCCAAGCUCUGGAGUGAGGUCUCUGAAUGGAUGUGUGCAUUGCACAUUACCUGGCCAUUUAUUUAAUAAAAAAAAAUGUGAAGCA